GAAAGGAUGUAAUCAACAUGUUCCCAAUUGAAUUGAAAGCACACUUCAAUUUAUCAGUACCAUGUUAACAUUAGUCCGCAAAUUGAAAACAAAUACCUUGCUAAUAGGAUUGUAAAGCAGGCUUUAAGUGACUUUCUAAUUGACUUCUUACAGAGUGGGUCAAUUUUAUACUCUCUCAACUCAAUUCUUCCACCUCAAAAGAAACACUUAGAAAAGACGUGUUCUAUUGGAAAUAUUGUGUACACUGUUUCAAUCACGCUGGCAACAACCAUUACUGUUUCAAAUUCUGGAAAGGACUUUGUACAAUUCGUCAACUCUGUCCUUAAGAACGCUCAAGCCAAGUUGAAUCUAACAAGAAUUGGAAGAAACUUUUACAAUGAAGAGACCAAAACAACUAUUCAUGAUUGUGGGCUUCAAAUAUUGGGAGGAACUCUAAGCUCAACCUGUACCACCUCUAAAGGCCUUGCUCUCCUAGUUGAGCCAAUUUAUAAAACUAUGAGAACAGAUACUGUUUUAAGCCAAAUGAAAAAGAUUAUUGAACAGUUUGGAGAACGUUCUGCCCAAACGAAAAUCAAGAGAGAAUUUGGAAAUUCUAUUGUUUACUUGACUUACAGAAAGAAAACUAUUUAUAUUGAAAGUGUUGAAUUUGAUAUGAGUCCUGUGUCAACAUUCAAUUUUCAAGGAAAGGAAAUUACAUUCGCAGAAUAUUACAAUACACAAUAUGGUGAAGACGUUGAUUUGAAACAACCCUUACUUAAACAUAUUAACAAGAGGAAUGGAAAGGUUGAAUACUAUAUUCCUUCGUUGUGUCUAUUGACAGGAAUAAGUCAGGAUAUGAGAAGUAAUUUUACCACAAUGCAGAAAAUUGCCUCUGUCACUAAAAAACCACCAAAUGACAGAAUUAGAGAAACUUUAAACAAUCAACGCGAAUGUUUGGAACAUUCAGAGUUCAAAUUAGAGCUGGAUAAGUAGGGUAUAUCUAUUGUCCCAAAAAUGAUUCAAGUGCAAACGGAAUCACUUGAAGAUUGUUCCAUUAAAAUUGGAGGAAAAGUUAAAAUUG